CACGUACAACAAAUUUGUGCUACUUCCCGUUCCGGUUAAGAAACCCUAAACUUCUAACCUCUUCAUCUUGUUAUUCUCUCAGAGGAUCGUUUCACACUCCUGCCAAAUCUACUCCAAGACUUCGAUUUAUAGCUCGCAGGAAGGAAUCAGUGUCUGUCUUACAGCAACAAAGACCUCUGAUGGAAUAUAUGAGAUUGCCCGCUAGUCAGUAUUCGGUUUUGGAUGGGAAGAGGAUUGAGAGGGUGGAUGAUAAUACAUUCAGAUGUUAUUUGUAUGGUAUUAAAUUCUUCGCUUUUGAGGUGAGCCCUGUUUUGUUGGUGAGAGUUGAGGAGAAGCCUGACGGAUGUUCUAUCAACCUCCUUUCUUGCAAGCUUGAGGGAUCACCUAUUAUUGUUGCCCAAAAUGAUAAGUUUGAAGCUUCUAUGGUGAAUAGAAUAUCCUGUGAUAACAAACUAGUAGACUCAGCUGUGCAGCAACUUACUUCAGAUGCAUUCAUCGAGGUUGUUGUUGAAAUCCCUUUUGCAUUUCGAGCACUUCCGGUCCAAGCAAUGGAAUCAACUGGUUCUCAGGUCCUUGACGGGGUACUAGGAGUAACGCUUCCCCGGUUUAUGGCUCAGCUAGUGAAGGACUAUCAAGCUUGGGCUUCUGGAGACAAUUCAAGGCAGCCUUUAGGAAAUGGUCAAAUUUGAAUCUCAGGCACAUGAAUACUCUUUUUUGAAAGUAGCAUCUUUUGUAUUUUGAGAACAUUUCAGAAUAUGAUUUAAUAUUAAAAAAAAUAAGAAAUGGCGUGUUUUAUGCUGCAGCCAUUGAUUCAUCUGUGUAGUGAGACUAAAUGUUAGGGCCACCCCAGGCCUACUUAGUUUCAUUUUUCAGUACAUAGUAAUUAAGGAUUGGGGAAAUAACUAGUCGCAGCGAAGAAUGAAUGAACCCUAGCGGAAGCGCCGCCCUUCAGAUCGAUCGAUCGUAGGAGGGCUGGCAAUCGGCGUCUCUGGUUUCAAUUCUCUCUGGCUACAGGCGAUUUGUGUGUAUCCAACUAGUCAAACUGUAUCAAAACAGCGCCCUUCUGUUAGAUGAGUAAUGGAGUGACGUGCCAGACCCUCAAUUUCUUUGUCAGGGAAGUGGUAUUAGCUCUGCAUUUUAGGGCUGCCUCAUUAGGCGAUUCUCCAGCUUUUAGGCUCUCAAUUAGUGAUGUAAAGCAAAUAAGCAAUGACUGAUGCUCAGAAGCAAAUCCAACAGAAGCCAGGGAGUAUGACAGCUGAUCCCCACAUUGAAUUCCAGAGGGGGCUUGAGGAGUUGACGAGAGGCCACUUCGAUGAUUGUUUGUCAUUUGCAUCCUCUGUGACGGGUGAAGUGGGUGAUGACGGGGAGAAUGGCCAGCUUUUUAAUCGGAGGGGGUCUGCUGCUGAGGGGGAUGAACUGCCGGAGUCAUCUGUUGCCAGGCGGCACCACCAUUCACGGAUAUUUAGUAGGUGGGCUGCCAAGCAUGCACAGGAGAUGAUUAGCACCAUUGGAACUGAAAGAAGGGAUCUUGAGUCUGAGUUGUUGGCACCCUCCCAGGUACCCGCUGCCUCCAUGCUUGAUUCAUCAUCCUUGAUGGAAUCACAGUCCCCUACGGAAAGACUGACACACCCGAUGAGCAUGAACAUGCCAGAAAGCAGAGACAGUGAGAACCAAGGAAGCUUUACUGAUGCUACUGAGAUGGCGAAUGACAAUAGAGUUCGGUCUUCUGAUCUGAUUUCACAAUGGAAUGAGAACUCGGAGCACAAUGAUUUCAUCCGGGAGCAAUCUUCUGAUAUAGGUGAUGUAGAGAGGGAGAGGGUGGAAAGGAUUGUUCAUGGUUGGAUGGAGAGUGGUCUCUCAGAGGCAUCAUCUAUUGUUGUCGAUAGCAAUGGCAACUCGAGAGGGGAACAGAUCACGGAGUCUGAACGUGAAGGAGUAGUAAUCGUGAGGGAGUCGGUGCAAAUGGACAGUCAACAUAGAUCGUUUCUUGAGUGUCAGAGGGAAGAACAGAACAGCGGACCGGAUGAUGAUGAAGAUCUGCAGCCAGAGCAUGUUUGUGGGGAGAUGCUGAGAUCAUGUGGAAGGCAGGGUCAGCUCGGUUUGAUUGUGGGGAGUGUAAGGGAAAGGCAUAGGGAACUUCAGAUGCUUUCGGAGUACCGCGCUGUUUCCGACUUUGGCCACCUCAAUCGCAUCCAAUCACUACUCAGAGGUAGAUUCCUGCGAAAUGAAAGACCCGUUGAGGAGGAGAGUCCGCCUUCAAUGGCAGCAGCUGAAUUGGUUCAGCUGAGGAACCGUCGUCCUGUCUCUGGCUUGAGGGAAGGAUUCCGUUCGAGAUUAGAAAACAUUGUCCGUGGUCAAGCAAGCAGCAACUCUGAGCCUCCAUCUGACAGAAUCAACAGGGAUUCUCAAAAUCCCCAGACUCGUAUAAAUCCUUCAUUACAGAUUCGAAAUGAAAACCUUGAGCAAGUGCAGCCUAGUGAAGAUGAUGUUAAUACCCCUCAGCUGCAUGGUGAACACAUAGAAAGCGGUGAUUUUAGUUUCAAUCAAAGCCCAAGUCAACAGCCAGUUCUUAGUCAGGGUAGAGAAUUUGAUUCUGAGGGAGGAAACCAAGAAGACUUGACUUCUGGUGAAUCUACUGGGUGGACUGAUGAGACUGUUGAACACACAAGAAUGGACUGGCAUGUUAGUUCAGUAACUGCUCGGCGGCCCCAUGAGACUGAAGGAGAUGCAAGUGGAGAUGAUCAAGUGCUGCAAGAAGGCCAAGAGGUUUGGCAUGGUGAUGGCUUGCAAGAGGCUGCAGAGAAUUUGACUGAGGAAUAUCCUGAUCAUCCUAGUCUGCAGCCCUCAGUCCUACUUAGUAGGUUUAAUAGAUUCCAACCCCCCGGUGAUGAGAAUAUAUACAGUUUGGAACUCAGGGAACUUGUAAGCAGGAGGAGUGUUUCCAAUCUUUUACAGAGUGGGUUCCGUGAGAGUUUGGAUCAGUUAAUUCAGUCAUAUGUAGAAAGGCAAAGUCAUGCACCUAUUGAUUGGGAUGUACACAGAAAUCUGUCCCCCAUCCCCACCUCACCAGAAAGGGAGGACCAAGAACAACAACAUAUUGAAGAUCAACAUGAUGAUAGUAUGGGUAGACCACCAACUCUAUUACCACCCCCUCCUGUGCCUCCACCACAACCUCUUCGGCAUCAAUAUAUGCAUCAAUCUGGUUGGGCUCGUCACACUGUCCAUCGUUCUGAAUUUGAGUGGGGGGCAACGAAUGAGCUGAGAGCAGACAUGGCAAAACUGCAGCAAGGUAUGAACACAAUGCAGAGAAUGUUGGAAGCCUGUGUGGAUAUGCAACUGGAGUUGCAGCGCUCCGUCCAACAGGAGGUGUCAGCUGUUUUGAACCGAUCCGUUGGGGGGGCUGCACAGAACUCCUCAUUGGACAGUUAUAAAUGGAGCCAUGCAAGGAAGGGUAAUUGCUGUGUCUGCUGUGAUUGCCAUAUUGAUUCCCUGCUUUACCGAUGCGGGCACAUGUGCACAUGCUCAAAAUGUGCAAAUGAGUUGGUCAGAACCGGAGGGAAGUGUCCAUUGUGCCGAGCACCGAUUGUUGAGGUCAUCCGUGCUUACUCUAUUCUAUAAUCGAGAAAAAAAAUUCCUGUCAUGAUUUUAUUCCCAUUUUUCAGGUGUCCAAAUUUUUUUCUUUAGUUUUAUAUUAAGGAAAGAAAUGUGUGUUAAUAUUGUCUUUCCUUGUUAAGCACUCCGUAACCCAACAGUUUAACCACACAAGUUUAUUUUCUUAAUAAAUGUGCCAAGUCAACCCCAGAGUGUAGUCAAUUAUCCUUCCGGUUUUAU